UUGUCUAAAUUAACUUGCACUAAAACUGUGAAUACCCAAAAUAAAUCUACACUUCAAAUUUAUUUAAUGUAAAUUUCAGAAACACGUUACAUUACACCAAAGAAAAAUGCCAAAACUAGUUUAAAUCUCAGUCGUGGCAUGCCACUGUUCCUCUGCUUUCUCACACAUUUUUUUCUCUGACAACUACUGAAGUUGCUCUGUCUCUGUCUCUGUCUCAUUCACUCAUCUACUUCCAUCAUCACCAACAUAAAAAUGCAACCUUUUAGUUUCAUCCUCUCAUUUUCUUUCACCCAUUUCAACCAUAACACUUCAUUUCACCUCAAUCUUCAAAACAAUGCAACACAUUGUUACAUAACAAUGCAGUGGUAGUUUAGUUUUACUUCAUUAUAGAUCUCACCCAUCUUCCGGAAUCUAAAAAAGACAGCAUUUUGAUUUCUGGGUUUUGUUUUUUAAGGUGUUUGAAAGUUUUUUCUUGUUGUGGGUCAUGGGUUCCAAUAGUAGCAAAGCCACUAGGAAGAGUAGUUCAAAGGGACUGAAAGGGUUUCAUUCUUCUUGUCUUGGAACAUGUUCUGGAUCUCAUGACAGUGAUAAUGAGGAACAGAAUAAAGUAAAUGGCAAUGAUGUUACAUAUGCUGAUAAUGGCAAUCUAUCUGACCGAGAUGAGGUUAAAGCCGGCUACAGUGACAAUACUCGCAGUUCUGUUCACGCUUCUUCAACUAAUUUGUUGAAUCCUACCAGUCGAUUCCUUUCUCAGUUCGGCAUCACUCCUGGACCUUGUAGCAGUUUGACUAACAUAAAUGAAACAACACGGUGUCAUGAAGAUACUGCAAUUAAUUUCAGGUCAAAUGCCUCAGGAUCAGGUUUGCCUUGCAUCGGUGGCAUUGGUGCAAGAGAUGAAUUGGAGAUAAACUUAUUUUCUCCGAGAAUUCAAACGGAGACAGAACAUACCAAGACUAGACAUUUAGAUCAGCGAAAUGGAACUCGAGAACAAGUUGAAGAGAAUGUUCGUUUUAGUCGAACUUUAAGUGUUGGAAGACUUCGUGACAGAGUCCUUCGUCGAUCAACAUUAUCUGACGUUACCUUUUUCCCUCUGCAACAAGAGAGAGAACUCAGAGACGAUAUUCAGAAUACUCUAAGGCAAACAUUAGAGGCAGAUUCAAGAGUGUCACCAUCGGAUCAUAGUGCUUAUAGUUGUUCUACAUCCAGAUAUCCUCAAUCUAGUAUGUCUAACUCCAUGUUUAGUAAUCAAAACUAUGACGUUGAGACCUCACAAUUGCGAGAAGGUAGGUAUCAGGAUCUACUGGAGCAUAGGUCCAAUUUCCUUGAACGAAGAAGAAGAAUACGGUCACAGGUCCGUUCUCUUCAGAGGUUGGGUAGCCGGCGUGAAAAUCAAUCUGCACAUGAGAGAUCAUGUAUCUUGUCUGGUCAACAUAGAAGUGCUCGUUGUAUGUGUCGAUUCAGAAACCGUGACACUAAUUCAAAUGAUGACACUGGUACUAGAGCUAGCAUAUCAAGAGUUGUUGUACUUGCAGAAGCCUUAUUUGAGGUUCUGGAUGAAAUUCACCAGCAAUCCGUAGUUUUAUCUUCCCAUCCUUCUGUAUCUUCUAUUGGAUCUGUUCCUGCACCUAUCAAUGUUGUGGAGUCAUUGCCUGUCAAGUUGUAUGAGAAGUUUCAUAAGCAUCAAGAAGAUGCUACACAAUGCUAUAUAUGCCUUGUAGAGUAUAAUGAUGGAGACAGCGUGCGUGUUCUGCCUUGCAAUCAUGAAUUUCAUAGAACAUGCAUAGACAAAUGGUUGAAGGAGAUUCACAGGGUAUGCCCACUAUGUCGGGGGAACAUCUGCAUUUCUAACUCACCUCCAACUCGGAACUUUAGUGGUUAGUUUGUUGAUCCGCAUCUAUUUUGAAACACUUGAUCUUUUAUGUGGGGGAAUAUCAGAAGUUCAAUCAUUUUCUAUUGGUAUUUUCAUUAUUGUAAAUGGUUAUUUACUCCGAUUGCAGAAUAAAUAUGAAAAAUAUAGUUGGAGAAAGAAAAGAAUGUUAAGGAGGAGGUUAGUGAGGGUUAUCUUUUGGUUACUUUCUUUGAAGGCCAUCACAUUGUUUCCCCCAAAAUAUAAUUUUGGAAUAUUGCAGAUGAUUGUGCCUGACAAAAGGGUGCUUGUGCAUGUUGUAUUUCAGAUGUUGAUAUUCUAACAGAUGUUUAAAUAUAUUAUGAGUUAGACAAACACUCUACAAUUUGUGUUAUAAUCAAUGUUUUGUUCUUUA